AUGGAUGAAAACGUUAAGCAGCACUAUCUGGCCGACUCACCUCCCACGGUAGUCAGACUGGAAAUUAAGCCACACUUCGAUUCCCUCAAGGAUGAAUCUCUGCGAAGAUAUGCUCACUACAUGAGCAAAGCGGCAUUCGAAGGAACCCGAGUCACCUUACGUCAAGUCUCCCCAGAAUCUGAGCCUAUCUAUGAUCUGAUUAUCUCCCUUCACCGAGCUUGCGAUGGCGACUGGAAUAGCUUGGCCCAAAAGACUCAAGUCAGCGAUGAGCAUCUCCGAUUCUUCCUGGAAUACGCGGCACAAUUCCUGGGCAACUGCGGAAACUAUAAGGGAUUCGGUGACUCCAAAUUCAUCCCGCGUAUCCCAGCCUCUGCUCUAGAGUCUUUGGCAUCUAUCACCUCAGAGACCAAGGCAGCUUUCCAAAAGGCGAAUAGUACCGGCGGUGGAUUCUACGAGACUAAGGAGCAGUCCAUGAUGCAUCUUGGAUACCCAGUGGAGGGACAUAUGACCACGUAUUAUCCAGACUCGCCUACUAUCACUAAGGAUGAGAUCACCGCCAUUGGUGACCUGAUGGAGAAGAAAGGACUGGCAUUGGAGAACACAAGAAUUCGCAAGACAGCAUCGGGUGACUUCGAACUUCUGAUUGCUUCUGGUGUCUCAAAUCCUCCGGCGAGAGAUCGUGACCUCGGCGAGGAAAGCACAUUUGCCCUUGAAGGAAGUUUGAAGGGAAAGUCACUGCACCUUGUGUUUGGAGAUUAUAAAGAGGAAAUGGCCAAGAUUGCGCACUCUAUUAAGCAAGCAGAGCUUAACGCAGCGAACGACAACCAAAAGCGGAUGCUGGAGGCGUAUGCUCGUUCAUUCGGUGCGGGUUCCAUUGAGGCUUUCAAGGAAAGCCAGCGCGUUUGGGUUAAGGACCAGAAGCCUGUCUUGGAGACAAACUUGGGAUUUGUUGAAACCUAUCGUGAUCCCCAUGGUGUUCGUGGAGAAUGGGAAGGUCUGAUUGCUUUGGUUAACAUGGAACGAACCCGAGCAUUUGGUGCACUGGUAGACAGUGCCGAGAGCAUGAUUCCCAAACUUCCCUGGGGCACAGAUUUCGAAAAGGACAAAUUUUUGAGCCCUGACUUUACCUCGCUGGAGGUUCUCAGCUUCGCAGGUUCAGGAAUCCCCGCUGGUAUCAAUUUGCCCAAUUACGACGAUAUCCGCCAAAACCUUGGCUUCAAGAACGUAUCACUUGGUAAUGUUCUUAGCGCGAAGGCGCCCAAUGAGCCCAUCCCUUUCAUCAGCGAAGAAGACCAAGAAGUUUAUCGUCGAUGCCGUGAUCCCGCCUUUGAAGUCCAGGUUGGUAUUCACGAGCUUCUCGGACACGGAACUGGCAAACUGCUGCAGGAAACUGAGCCCGGCAAAUACAACUUUGAUAUCUCCAAUCCACCAAUCAGCCCGGUGACAAAUAAGCCCGUAACAAGCUGGUACAAGCCCGGACAGACCUGGAGCUCAGUAUUCGGUGCCAUUGCCGGCUCUUAUGAAGAAUGCCGCGCUGAAUGUGUUGCAAUGGCACUGGGAUGCGAUUUUGAGAUCCUGAAGAUCUUUGGAUUCGGUGAUGGUACCCAAGAUAUGGCUGGCGAGGCUGGUGACGUUCUAUUUGCCGCGUACCUGCAGAUGGCUCGUGCAGGUCUAGUCGCGUUAGAGUUCUGGGACCCCAAGACUAAGAAAUGGGGCCAGGCUCACAUGCAGGCCCGGUACAGUAUUCUGCGCACUUUCCUCAGUGCUGGCGAUGACUUCGUCAAGCUCUCAUACACCAAGGAUGACCUGUCAGAUCUUGAGAUCAAAUUGGAUCGGUCGAAGAUUCUGACCCACGGACGACCUGCCGUGGAGAAAUACUUGCAGAAGCUGCAUGUUUAUAAGAGCACUGCUGAUGUUCAAGCUGGUAAGGCCAUGUAUGACGAGAUCACGUCGGUCGACAGCUGGUGGGGAACACAGCUGCGUGAGGUUGUUAUGAAGAACAAGGUGCCUCGAAAGGUCUUUGUGCAAGCCAAUACUGUUCUGGAUGGGGAUAAGGUGACCCUCAAGGAGUAUGAACCUACAUUGGAGGGUAUUAUCCAAAGUUACGUGGAGCGUAAUGUUUGA